AUGAGCGAGGAGAACUCUGGCUGCUUCCUCCUGACCUUGGCACUGACUGAAGCUCUGGUACUUGCUGUCCAGGAACCACCUCCCAGGGAUUCUUUCCAAGUUCUCCCCUCAGGCAGUCCCACCAGCACCAUGGUGACAGCACCUCACAGCUCUACCAGACACUCCUCUAUGGUAAUGCUGAGCUGGCAUCCUGAUGGCCUCUCCUCACAGGCUGCACCUAUUGUGGCAACAACACCCCGUCCAGACGGGCAUCCUCCUACAAACACCAUUUCCACCGUCAUAGUGACGGCCCCCAUUCCCCAUCCUGAAAGCCUCCUGCCCACAGGUGCCCCUCCUGCUGCCAUGGCAACUACAUCUUCCCACUCAGAGAGCCGCCCCUCAGGAGAGGCCACCCCCACCAUGCUGCUGACAAAGACACCAGGAACCACCAGCCGCCCUCCCACAGCGCCCCCACGGGCUACCACCCGCAGGCCCCCCAGGCCUCCAGGCUCUUCCCGAAAGGGGGCCGCGGGUUCACUUCGCCCUGUCCCACCCGGUGGCUACUCUGGGAGGAAGGAAGGCCAGCGGGGACGAAAUCAGAGCUCCACACAUCUGGGGCAGAAGCGGCCUCUAGGGAAAAUCUUUCAGAUCUACAAGGGCAACUUCACAGGGUCUGUGGAGCCAGACCCCUCUACCCUUACCCCUAGAACCCCACUCUGGGGCUCCUCCUCUUUGCCACAGCCCCAGACAGUGGCUGCGACCACAGCCCCCAGAAGUACCUCGUGGGCACCUUCUACCACCCCCCUGGUGCCUGCAGAGGACAAGCCAGGCCUUAGCAAGGCCAGCCAGGGGGGUGAAUCCACCUUCACCAGCGCAGGAGAGGCACCAGACACCACCACAGCCUCAGGUGUCUCUGCCAACCCACAGCCUGCUCCAGUGCCUUCUCAGCGCCCCCAUGGGGUCAUGCAAGACAGCCACAGCCACAGCGACUCUUGGCUUACUGUCACCCCUGGCACCAAUAGACCUCUGUCUGCCAGCCCUGGAGUCUUCACGGCUGCCAUGGAGCCCACCCAGGCUGCCUUUGAUGCCAGUGUCUCAACCCCUUCCCAAGGGAUUCCUCAGGGAGUGUCCACAACCCCACAGGCCCCAGCCUGGCCCCCUGGGGUCUCAGAAAGCACUGUUUCUCCAGCCAGGGAGGAAGCUGCGACCUCCCCCACAGUGACCGACAGGGUGCCCAGUCCUCUCUCCACAGUGAUGUCCACAGCUACAGGAAACUUCCUCAACCGCCUGGUUCCAGCAGGGACCUGGAAGCCUGGAACAGCAGGGAAUAUCUCCCAUGUGGCCGAAGGGGACAAGCCCCAGCACAGAGCCACCAUCUGCCUAAGCAAGAUGGACAUCGCCUGGGUGAUCCUCGCCAUCAGCGUGCCCAUCUCUUCCUGCUCCGUCCUGUUGACCGUGUGCUGCAUGAGGAGGAAGAAGAAGACGGCCAACCCUGAGAACAACCUGAGCUAUUGGAACAAUGCCAUCACCAUGGACUACUUCAACAGGCAUGCAGUGGAGUUACCAAGGGAGAUCCAGUCUCUGGAGACGUCUGAGGACCAGCUUUCAGAGCCCCGCUCCCCAGCCAAUGGCGACUACAGAGACACUGGGAUGGUCCUUGUGAAUCCCUUCUGUCAGGAAACACUGUUCAUGGGAAAUGACCAAGUCUCUGAGAUCUGA